GUGACAGAGCCGAGCAAUACACUAUUCAAAAUUGAUAAUCUAAAGGAAUCGACACUGUAUUGUUUUAGAAUUCAAGUAGAAUUGGUAAUAUCUCCAACUCUCCAGUUACUUGGACUGCAAAGUGCCCCGGAGUGUUACGAAACUACAAUCAGUGAGGCCACCAGAGCUGGGUACAUUAUACUAAUAUUUGUGGUGUUGUUCCUUUUUGUCAAUAUGGUGAUAGUUGGUUUGUUUCUUCUGUGGAGACACCACAAAAAAAUUAAGUAUUGGUCUCGGCCACCUUUAGAAAUCCCAUCACACUUCGAAGAGUAUCUGAGAGACCCCAGCAUGCCUGUGUUGGAGGUGCUGGACAACUACGUCGAGGACGAUCCCCACGACUCCUUGUCUGUUGUAGUUGGUGGAGAAGAAAGCCCAGCCUGUGGCAGCGGUUUGGACGCUCCAGCUCACUUGCGCAGCCUCGCCGGUGGAAGUGAAAUAACUUAA